AUCGAUACAUAGUGCCAAUAUACCGAUCAAAAUCCCCUUUUGCAAUUUUAAAACCACUUUUAUUCUGUUAAAAAGAAGAAUUUUUUGUUAUCAAAACUCGUAAUGAGCUCAGGUUUUAUCACAGAAAACGAAUUAGCUGAAGCUCGAAAGAAGAGACAGGAAGAAUGGGACAAAGUACGCAAGGCUGACGAUCCUGUAGAGGCACCUGAGCAGCCCUACGACUCCAGAAGCCUCUAUGAACGUCUUCAGGAACAGAAACAACGUAAAGAACUAGAAUACGAGGAAGCACACAAAUUAAAGAAUAUGAUAAAAGGCCUCGAUGACGACGAAAUAGAGUUCUUAGAUCUUGUGGAUAGGACCAAAAUUGCAGCAGAUCGUCGCAAAAACUUCGAGGAAGAACGCGAGUUAAGCGAUUAUCGUAAUCGGGUUGCUAACCUGCAGGAGAAAUCGCUCGAUCAAAAGUUACAAGCUGAAAGUGUGGUAAACAAACCAAAGAUCCCCACAGGUAAUCGUCCAUCGCAAACAAAACUUUUGAAAGGCGUUAUUGUUACAAGCAAUAAUAAACGAGACAACAUGGAAAAUAGUGAGAUAGUUAAAAAACGCAAAGUAGAAGAAUCUCCAGAUGCAGACAAGGAAUCUGCUAAGAAAAGGACCGAGACAAAUGCGCAAACUAAAACAAACAGUGGAUUAACAUGCAUCGGAAUUUUACCAGGCUUGGGUUGUUAUGCAGAUUCAAGCUCUGAUGAGUGCAGUUCGAAUUCUGAUGAAGACAUAGAUGAUAAAAAACAAAUAAAGUACGACCUAAUUGGAAGAAAAAUUGUUGAAAAGGAUAAAGACAUUAUUUCACUGGAUCAUGCCAAGCAGAGAACAGCCACAUGAAAGUGCACAUUUUUCUUUGCACGUGAAACUAUCAAAAAUUCUAAGUAGAAGUAUAACCUUAUUUACUGUAUCUAUUUUCCUAUAGCAGUUUGGAAAUAAAUGAAUAUUGUUUCAUUUA